CAUUCGGAUAAAGCUGUUCCUCAGAGCAAAAUGGAAAUGGAUAAUUCUACUGCAACAGUUGGAACACCCACGUCCUUCGAGAGUCCUAUGUGGUCAGCCAUUUUGGGUAUUGCCGUAGUUAUUGGACUCUAUGAAAUAUGGCUAAGGAAUACAAGGGCUUACCAAUUAUCGGAGAAAAUGCCAAGCCCUCCCAGAUUGCCAUUGAUAGGUCAUGGCCAUUUGGUGGCUCAUUUGACAAAUGCGGAAAUCCUUAGCCGUGCCAAAAGUUACAUUGACACCUAUGGUGAAGCUUUUCGUGCCUUUUUGGGUCCCAUGCUGGUAGUCUUUCUCUCCAAUCCUCCCGACAUCGAACUCAUACUCAGUACCCAUACCCACCUGGAAAAAUCCACAGAAUAUCGCUUUUUCAAGCCAUGGUUUGGCGAUGGUCUACUAAUUUCGAAUGGUCAUCAUUGGCAACAUCAUCGUAAAAUGAUUGCCCCCACCUUCCAUCAAAGCAUUCUAAAGAGUUUCAUACCCACCUUUGUGCAACACUCCAAGAAGGUAGUGGAACGUAUGGCCAAAGAAAUUGGCAAGGAGUUUGAUGUUCAUGACUACAUGUCCCAGACCACAGUGGAAAUUUUACUUUCUACCGCUAUGGGGGUAAAGAAGAUUCCGGAUGAUAACAAAAGUUUGGAGUAUGCCAAAGCUGUGGUGGAUAUGUGUGACAUCAUACAUAAGAGACAAAUGAAAUUCUUUUAUCGCCUGGAUGCCAUGUACAAUAUGACUAAGAUGAGUGUGAAGGGCAAGAAAAUGAUGGAUAUCAUUUUGGGUUUAACGCGCAAGGUGGUUAAGGAUCGUCAAGAGAAUUUCAAUGCUGAAUCGCGGGCCAUUGUUGAGGAGGUGGAAAGCGGUGAUAAACAAAAGAAACAGGCGAAGAAGGAGGGUUUGCGUGAUGAUUUGGAUGACAUUGAUGAAAAUGAUGUGGGUGCCAAAAAGCGUUUGGCCUUAUUGGAUGCCAUGAUGGCUAUGUCCAAAAACCCCGAAAUCGAAUGGACCGAUAAGGAUGUAAUCGAUGAAGUCAAUACCAUAAUGUUCGAGGGCCACGAUACCACCUCGGCCGGUUCGAGUUUUGUCCUUUGCAUGCUGGGCAUUCACAAGGACAUACAGGCUAAAGUUUUGGCGGAACAAAAAGCCAUAUUUGGAGAGAAUUUUAUGCGUGAUUGUACCUUCAACGAUACCAUGGAAAUGAAAUAUUUGGAACGUGUCAUUAUGGAAACUUUGCGUUUGUAUCCACCAGUACCUCUAAUAGCCAGGCGCACUGAGAAAGAUGUGAAAUUAGUCUCAGGGCCUUAUAUUGUACCUAAAGGUACCACAGUGGUCAUUAUUCAAUAUGCCGUGCAUCGUAAUCCCAAAUAUUUCCCCAAUCCGGAGAAAUUCGAUCCUGACAACUUCCUACCCGAGAGAAUGGCUAAUCGGCAUUAUUAUAGUUUUAUACCAUUUAGUGCUGGGCCCCGAAGUUGUGUGGGACGCAAAUAUGCCAUGCUGAAAUUGAAGGUUCUACUCUCUACCAUAAUUCGUAAUUAUGUUGUGGACUCGAAGAGAACAGAGGAAGAUUUCAGGCUACAAGCUGAUAUUAUUUUGAAAAUGGAAAAUGGCUUUAAUAUCAUGUUGGAGCGUAGACCAGAGGCCACGAAGGCCACGUAAAAAAAACGGACCAAUGACGUAAUAAUAAGUGAUAUAUAGAUACAUUUAUAUACAUUCAUACACUAACUAACUAAACUAACACAUUUUCAAGCUUAAGAUAUUCUUUACUCAACUUCACCGGAACUUAUAAACCCCUAUCUCGCCCUAGAAAUGAUUUUGGAGCUUGUUUGUUUGGAGACUCACUAUUGUUACUAACUCUAGUUUUGUAAGGCAAUUAUUGAAGCUAAUAAUGAAGAAUGAAUACUAUUGUAUGAGAGUUAUAAGAUUUAUUAUGUGUAUAAAGAGCAAGCGCAGUAUAAAACUGAA